AUGAAUAACCCAAAGUUGUCACGGGUGAAUAACCCAAAGUUGUCAUGGGUGAAUAACCCAAAGUUGCCAUGGAUGAAUAACCCAAAGUUGCCAUGGAUGAAUAACCCAAAGUUGUCACGGGUGAAUAACCCAAAGUUGCCAUGGAUGAAUAACCCAAAGUUGCCAUGGGUGAAUAACCCAAAGUUGUCACGGGUGAAUAACCCAAAGUUGUCAUGGGUGAAUAACCCAAAGUUGCCAUGGAUGAAUAACCCAAAGUUGCCAUGGAUGAAUAACCCAAAGUUGUCACGGGUGAAUAACCCAAAGUUGCCAUGGAUGAAUAACCCAAAGUUGCCAUGGAUGAAUAACCCAAAGUUGUCACGGGUGAAUAACCCAAAGUUGUCACGGAUGAAUAACCCAAAGUUGUCACGGAUGAAUAACCCAAAGUUGCCAUGGAUGAAUAACCCAAAGUUGUCACGGGUGAAUAACCCAAAGUUGCCAUGGAUGAAUAACCCAAAGUUGUCACGGGUGAAUAACCCAAACUUGCCAUGGAUGAAUAACCCAAAGUUGUCACGGAUGAAUAACCCAAAGUUGCCAUGGAUGAAUAACCCAAAGUUGCGAUGGGUGAAUAACCCAAAGUUGCCAUGGAUGAAUAACCCAAAGUUGCCAUGGAUGAAUAACCCAAAGUUGUCACGGAUGAAUAACCCAAAGUUGCCAUGGGUGAAUAACCCAAAGUUGUCAUGGAUGAAUAACCCAAAGUUGUCACGGGUGAACAACCCAAAGUUGUCACGGAUGAAUAACCCAAAGUUGCCAUGGGUGAAUAACCCAAAGUUGUCACGGAUGAAUAACCCAAAGUUGUCACGGGUGAACAACCCAAAGUUGUCUCGGAUGAAUAAGAAAUAA